GGGGGACGCAGGACUUGAGGUGAUGCAACUUCUAAUAUUGGGAGAAAAAAAAAAGGGGGGGGAAAAAAAACACCUUGAAGUUUUAGGAGACCGCUGCCAGAAGACGCCGGCUCGCAUCCACGCCCUCCUCUCUGCCUGUCACGUGUUCUUUUCACAGCAUAGAAAAGUUUCUGGAUUAGGGCAGAAUUAACACAAAGCGGCGACGCCACUCCAGCUACACGCACAAACAACGCGGGAGAGGCGAGAGGGGGGACGGAGACGGAGAGAGCGGCGCGGCGGGGUGAAGACGCUCCAGCGGACCUCGGCCACCUCAGAAAACUUCAAACUCUGAUAGCGAGAGGCAGACGAGUCCAGCCCAGAGUGACAGAGCGAGCGAGAGAGAGAGAGAGAGAGAGAGAGAGAGAGCUGCAGCAGAGGCAGACAGAAGGCAGCAGAGCGGCAGAGGAUCUUUGCCGAUAAGGUCCUGAAGGAUGGAAGAGAAGCAGUUUGCUGGGAUCCUGAACGGAGCAGUUCCUGGAGAGCCAGUGAAGAAGGAUGAAAACUCCCGAAGAGGGAACUGGGGCAACCAGAUCGAGUUUGUCCUCACCAGCGUGGGCUACGCUGUGGGCCUCGGCAACGUCUGGAGGUUUCCUUACCUCUGCUACAGAAAUGGAGGAGGCGCCUUCAUGCUACCGUACUUCAUCAUGCUGGUGUUCUGCGGCAUCCCGCUCUUCUUCCUCGAGCUUUCCUUCGGACAGUUCGCCAGUCUGGGGUGUCUGGGAGUCUGGAAGAUCAGCCCCAUGUUCAAAGGUGUCGGCUACGGCAUGAUGGUGGUGUCCACCUACAUUGGAAUCUAUUACAACGUGGUCAUCUGCAUCGCUUUCUACUACUUUUUCAUGUCCAUGACAAACCUGCUGCCGUGGACGUACUGCAACAACCCCUGGAACACGCCCGACUGCAGCGGGGUGGUGGGCACCGGCUCCCAGCUCAACGGCAGCCUGACCAACGCCACCUCCACCCUGGUCGCGGGGGUGUCCGAGGUGGUCAACCGCUCCAAGAGGACCAGCCCCAGUGAGGAGUACUGGAAACAUUAUGUGUUGAACAUCUCCGAUGAUAUUGGAAACUUCGGGGAGGUUCGUCUGCCCAUCCUGGGCUGCCUGGCUAUAUCCUGGUUUGUCGUCUUCCUCUGUCUUAUCAGGGGUGUUAAAUCAUCCGGAAAGGUGGUGUAUUUCACAGCCACCUUCCCCUACGUGGUUCUGACCAUCCUGUUCAUCCGUGGAAUCACCCUGGAUGGGGCCAUUAACGGCAUCAAGUACUACUUGACUCCGCAGUGGCAGAAAGUCCUCGAUGCAAAGGUUUGGGGAGAUGCAGCCUCACAGAUCUUCUACUCCCUGGGCUGUGCCUGGGGUGGUCUCAUUACCAUGGCUUCCUAUAAUAAGUUUCACAACAACUGUUUCAGAGACAGCAUCAUCAUCAGUAUAACCAACUGUGCGACCAGCGUUUAUGCCGGCUUCGUCAUCUUCUCCAUUCUGGGCUUCAUGGCACAUCACCUGAACGUCCCCGUGUCAGAGGUGGCCGACCACGGCCCGGGACUGGCGUUCGUGGCCUACCCCGAAGCGCUCACACUGCUCCCCAUCUCGCCGCUGUGGUCGCUGCUUUUCUUCUUCAUGCUCAUCCUGCUCGGACUGGGGACUCAGUUCUGCCUGCUGGAGACUCUGGUGACGGCCAUCGUGGACGAGAUCGGCACCGACUGGAUCAUCAGGAACAAAACCGUGGUCACGCUGUCAGUGGCCAUAGUCGGUUUCCUGCUGGGGGUGCCACUGACUACGCAGGCAGGAAUCUAUUGGCUGUUACUGAUGGACAACUACGCGGCUAGUUUCUCUCUGGUCAUCAUCUCCUGCAUCAUGUGCAUCUGCAUCAUGUAUAUUUACGGUCACACGAACUACUUCAAAGAUGUGGAGAUGAUGUUGGGCUUCCCUCCUCCUCUCUUCUUCAAAGUGUGCUGGAGAUUCAUUUCUCCCGUCAUUAUCUCAUUCAUCCUGAUCUUCACGGUGAUCCAGUAUAAGCCCAUCACCUACAACGACUACAUCUACCCCGGCUGGUCCUUAGCUAUUGGCUUUUCCAUGGCGCUGUCCUCAGUGAUCUGCAUACCCAUCUACGCCCUCUACAAGAUCUCAAGGUCCCCUGGAGCCACCUUCAGAGAGCGGUUGAAGUACGCCUGCCGGUCACAUCCCAAGUGGGGCCCCGCCCUGCAGGAGCACCGGACAGGCCGCUACGCCCCCAUGGCCUCCGAGGACACGGUGGAGGCCCGGCCCCUGAAGGAGAGGGAGGAGCUGAAGGAGGAGCAGAAAGAGAAGGAGGAGGAGAAGGAGAAGGAGAGGGAGAAGGAGAAGGAGAGGAAGGAUGAGAUCAGCCUCACCAUCCAGGGAAGCAAUGGCUCCACUAACACACACAACAACCCCAACCCCAGCGCAUAGACGGCGCCGCACUCUGCCAGCGCGACCGGGCCUCGCGCCCCACUGUCUCCUCCUUUCUUCCUCCCUUCUCCUCCCGUCUCCCUUCACCCUCACACCCCCCCCCUCCCCUUUCCCGCAGCCCUCUGUGGGGGAGAUCCCAUUCACUGGAGACCUUUACAUAUUGUAAGGGCUUAUUAUAUCUAUCCUAACCUCUUCGAUCUAUCGUGUGUGUUGUCUCCAGAUAAAUGAGGAAAAGAAAAAAAACUAAAGGAGGAAAAAAAAAAAAAAUUGGAUCAUCUCCAGAAAGAUUUGUGUGUAUGUGUGCGUGCGUAUGCGUGUGUGUGUGCGUGCGUGCAUGUGUGUGUAGAUGGGUUGUUAAUUUGUUCCACAUAAUUUAAUAAAGCAGUUUGUUUUUCCUUUCAUUUUUUUUUUUUUUUUUUUUUUUUUGUAAAACUUGUAAAUGUCAUCUUCAUACCUUCAUAUGCAGUUAGAGGUGCGGUAGAUUGUGGAGCUGCAUGUUUGUUUGGUGCAUGCAGCAGCAUAGACACACACACUGUUCUCCUUUAUUCUGUUGGCCGGUUCUGUUUGGGGGAUCGGUGGCUGUGCGGCGGCGGCGGCGAUUUGACAGCUGGAGACUUGUCGUGGUGCUGAAACGCGCUGUAGAGGAGGAGGAGGAGGAUGAACUGUGCCUGUCCUGGCCGUUUAGAGCUGGAGAAUGCUGGAGGUUGGAAAUGGGCUGUACUCUUUAGCCGGAGGGAGAGGCGGAUAAACACACGCUCACACUUGUACACUCUGUAUAUUUUACAGCACACAGUGACCUCAACCAUAAUGAUCUCAGCUUAAGAGUUAGCCUGUUGUUUUUUAUGCUGCUGCUUCUUUAAAAAAAAACACAAAAUAAGAAAACC